AUGUAUGUCUCCUUCUUUCGCGUUGUCGCCUUUGGGCUCCUCAGCUGCAAUGUCCUCGCUGCCCCCUCAGCGCCACAGCCCAGUCGCGCCUCCCGGCCUCUGAUCGACUUCAUAGAAGGGUACUUCACCGCUAAGAACCUGCAUGAGCCAGAGGCUUGGACACACCAUUUCCAUCCUACCGAGGGGACAUACGGAGACGUCGGCCUCGGCAAUCUCUUCUCCCAACCGGAGCUAUCGCCUGUUAUCAGGACUUUCGUGAGUGCUUGGGGACCUGAUUCAAGAUCGUAUCCCCUGCGCAUCGUGGGUGACAACAACAGUGCCCUGCUGUACAUGAUUGACACGCCGGACAUGUUCGGCGACGAGCUUCGCAUCCUUGUGGCCUUGGACUUUAAAGACGGCUUGAUCGUGCGGGAGGUGGAUUACUGGGAUCCUCGCCGGAACACCGCAGCUGAAGCGAAUAGGGUGCCACUGGAGCAGUAUCCGACUGACUUCGCCUCGGCCCUAUCCUCCAACACGACCAAUGCCACCCUUCGGAAGGUUGUAACCCAGUUUUCGUCGGCACUGUCGAACGGAGACUACGAGUCCGCUGUUUCUCUGCUGGCACCAGACGUCGUGCUCGAAGACUUCUCCCUGCGUGCCAGAAUCGACGGUCGACUAUCCGUUGAAAAGUACUUGAAGCGGGCCGUGGCCUCGUUCCCGUACGGCACUGGCUCCGUCGUAAAUCAUAUCGUGGGCAACGAAGAUGGCGGUGCUUACGAGUGGGCUGGCACACCGGAGGCUGCUGGCCGUAACGGGAUAACUGCCAUUGAACUCGACGAAGAUCAUCUCAUCACUCGGCUCACUAUCAUAUGGGAUACUUUCAAUGCUAGUAACAGCACUAUGCAGUCGUUGGUCAGACUUUCUAUUGAGCCGUAA